GACGGAGUCGAGAACAUGCAGCUGCUUAGCCUGUUGCUGUUGCUGUUAGUGUUGGGCAUUUGCCACGCCCAGUUCGAUGAGAUAUACAGUUAUACGCCGCGGCCGCUUCGGCCAGCACCUUGGCUAGGGGAGGUUUUUAAGACGACCACGCCCCCUCCCCCAGCGCCACCAAGUGGUGGUGUUCAUGUGCCCGGCGUGGGUGAGGUGAACGGAUUGCCCAAAUAUAAGGUGAUCAAGGGUCGACCCAUCGAUGCUUAUUUGGGCAUACGUUAUGCUCAAGUGAACAGUGGCUUGGGACGCUUCCAGAAGGCCAGAGCUGUUCCUUAUGCAGGUCGCAUCGAUGCCACCCAGAUGAGUCCCAAUUGCGCCCAGUUUCCAGAGAAGCAGCGUCUGCAGGAGGCCGAGGCGCGUGGCGAGAAUGCUGACGAUUGCCUCACUCUGAAUAUUUAUGCGCCGGCUGGACCUCGAGAGCUGCCCGUUCUUGUCUUUGUGCAUGGCGAGAUGCUCUUCGAUGGCAGCGCCGAGGAGGCACAACCCGAUUAUGUCCUCGAGCACGAUGUGGUCCUGGUGUCCAUCAACUAUCGAUUGGCACCAUUUGGUUUUCUGAGUGCGCUCAGCGAUGAGUUACCCGGAAAUGUAGCCUUGUCCGAUCUGCAGCUGGCACUCGAGUGGGUGCAACGUAAUAUUCGGUAUUUUGGAGGCGCUUCUAGUCGGGUAACCCUGAUUGGACAGGCCGGUGGUGCUACUUUGGCUCAUGCACUUAGCUUGAGCCCACAGGCACAGCAUCUCUUCCAGCAGCUCAUCCUGCAGUCGGGCACUGCUCUGAAUCCCUAUCUGAUCGAUGAGCGUCCCCUCGAGACUCUGGCCACCUUCGCCAGCUUAGCUCGCUGCCCCACCGCCGGUCGGAAUCUUGCCCCGCUCUACCAAUGCCUGAAUCGCAUGCGCACCUCGCAGCUGGUGGAGAUCUUCGAGCAGCUUUUCCGAAAUAAUGAGCCAUUGGGCCUCAGCGCUUUGGGGGGCUUUAAGCUUGUCGUCGGUGAUCGCCUGGGCUAUUUACCCAAUCAUCCGGCUGCAUUGGUCGCCAGCAACAAUAGCACGAAACCGUUAAUUGUUGGCGCCGCUAAGGAUGCCAGCGCCUUUAUUUUGUCAGGCUUCUAUGAUCAGAUACAGAAUCUGAAUUCGCGCAACCUCAGUGAUUACAUCAAUGUGAUUCUGCGCCAUACAGCACCACCACAGCACCACAAAGUCUGGCAUGAUUGGGCACUGCAGGAGAUAUUCACUCCGGAACAGAAGCGAUAUGUGAAUACUAACAGCGUGGCUCAGGGGUUGCUCGAACUGAGCAAUCUGAUAAUGUAUCGGUCGCCCGUUAUUGAUACGAUACGAUUGUCGCAUCAGAAGACCCCCGCGUAUCUGUAUACCUUCGACUAUCGUGGGCAGUAUCAUCGCUUUGCGGACGUGAAAAAUCCCCUGCCAUUUGGAGUAGAUGCCUCGCUCAGUGAUGACAGUGUCUAUCUGUUUCCCUAUCCAGAGGAAACUAGCAAGCUCAAUCCCGAUGAUAUGUCGAUAGCCCGUGCCCUGGUUGCCAUGUGGGUGAGCUUUGCUCAGACUGGCAUUCCGAAUCCUAAUCCUAAUGUUUGGCCCAAGGCAACCUCUGAGUACGGUCCGUUUUUGCGUUUUACUAACUCGAAGCAAAACAUUUUGGAACUGGAUCAGCACUUUGGCGAGGGCAUCAAUAUACCAAAUCUGUAUCCAAUGUAUUUUACUACAAGCAGAACUUCUUCAGGUACCACAACAACAACAAGGCGGCCGUAUUCUGGACUGCCACCAGCGUAUCCUGAGUAUAAUCCCAGGACACAGGAGGCACAUUGGAAACAACAGAUGCGCGAGCAAGAGGAACAGCUGGCGCGCGAAAAUGAGAAACGCAGACUUGAGCAGCAACAACGAGAGGAGCAGUUGCAACAAGAGAAUGCGCAGAGAGAACAGCUCGAACGCGAUCAACGCCAACGAUGGGCAGCAGAAGAGCUGGCACUGAAAGAGUACGAAUUAAGGCAACAGCGCGAACGUGAGCAGCAACAGCGAGAGCAGCACGAACGAGAACAGCCCGAUGCAACCCAGGAGCAACUGGAUCCAGAACAAGAACAGCAUUCAGAGGAGCAGCCCGACCAGGAGUCAAGAUGGCAACAGGAACGCGAGCAGCAGCUAAGAGAGCAGCAGCGACGAGAGCAGCAGCAACGAGAGCAGCGGCAACGAGAGCAGCAGCAACGAGAGCAGCAGCAGCGAGAACAACAGCAUCGACAGCAACCAGAAAGAGAACAAGAACAACCUGCACAACAACAACCACAUUACUCACAAUCAGAUGUACCACCAGAGCCAAAUGACUUCCCUACUUACGAAGAUUAUGUCAAGGCAUACGAGCAGUGGGUGAGAGCAGCACAAGAGCAAGAACAACAUCAGCAAUCACAGGAGGAACGUGAAAGGGAGGCAAGAGAGCAAGAAGAACUUGAGCAGCAGCAACGAGAGCAACAAGAUCGGCAGCAACAAGAGCGACCGCAUCACGAAGAAGAACAGCCCGAAGCUACCGAUGAGCAACCGGAGCCAGAACAAGAACAGCAUUCACAGACGGUGCUCGAUCAGGAGUUAAGAUGGAAGCAGGUACUAGAACAGGAUGAACGAGAGCUGCGGCAACGAGAGGAACGAGAAUACGAGCAACGAGAGCAGCAGCGACGAGAUCAGCAGCAGCGAGAGCAACAAGGAAGAGAACAUCAAGAGCCUGCACAACAAGAACCACAUUCUUCACAAUCGGAUGCUCCACCCGAACCAAAUAACUUCCCUACUUACGAAGAUUAUGUCAAGGCAUACGAGCAAUGGGCAGGAGCAGCACAGGAACAAGAGCAACAGCAGCAAUCACAAGAGGAUAAUGAGCAAGAGGCAAGAGAUCAGCAAGAACGAGAGCAGCAGCUAAGACAAAUAGAGCAAGAAGAGCUUGCAAAACAUGCCUCCGAACCUGAGGGGAAACCAUACCGAUAUGACUACAGUAGCGACACAAGUUAUAUGCUUGCUGUCGCAGAAUGGGAAGCAGCAGGACCGGAUUACAAGCCAUAUCAGCGUACACAAGAGGAAAUUGAGGAAGAUGCAAGGUAUGAGCGAAAACGAAAGAUACUAAUGAAUAUGCGAAAAGACUAUGAAGAGGGUGUACAACAUCCCCGCGAACCUGGUGCGGAACCACGCACACAUGAGUUCAAUAACUUCGAGAGUUUUAUUGCUGCUCACUCAAAAUGGGAAGAAGAACAUCCGGUUCAAAAGGAAGAACUGGAAUCACCGGAGCAGCGAGCACAGCGGGACAGAGAAACGAGGGGGCGAGUGGAACAAGAGCGUCCACAACAUCAGGUACUUGAUUUGGAAUUGACUCAGCCACAAAACGGUUACGAUAACUUCAACGAUUAUGUCAAUGGUCGCGCACUUUUGACAGCAGCAAGACAGGAUCGAGAUCAACAACAGCAAUCACAGGAGGAGCGUGAGCAGCAGGCAAGGGAGCAGUACAUCCGUGAGCAACAGCAGCGACACCAGCUAGAAAGAGAACAGGAAGAACAAGAGCGUGCACAAUAUGAGCCCCAUGACGACUAUUUCCUUAAUGCUUCACCAUGGCCAGAAGCAGGCCAGGAGCAAGAUCAACAACAGCAAUCACAGGAGGAGUAUGAUCAGGAGGCAAGAGAGCAACAGGAACGAGAGCAGCGGGAACGAGAGCAGCUAGAAAGAGAGGAACAACAACGCUCGGAUGCGCAGCCAGACACAGACACCUAUGGACUGGACGAUAGUGAUUUGAACGCUGAUCUUUGGCCACAGGCAAGCGAGGAGGAAGAGGCUGACAGGUAUCCAGAAUAUUCAAAUGGUCACAACUAUCCACAACGAGUUAAGCUGAUGCGCAGACAUCCGCGCCUGAGGUCUUAGAACUUGCUGGCCAUUACUUAAUGCCGAUUUUAAAUAGUCUAUAGAACAAUGUACACAGUAAAAAUUUCUUAAAUAAAUAUUAUUCAUAUA